CACGCCCACGGGGACACGGCCGCAAAAGCCACGCAUUGCCCUGCAACCCACCCCCCACCGCGUCGACUGCCGUGGCCGUGCCAUUCCCUUCGCUCGCCGCCUCCGCUCCGCCACCAUGGCCCCCCCGCCCCGCGCCACCGCGGUCCUCGCAUGGGGUUCGGGGGAGGACGGGCAGCUGGGCAUGGGCGGGAACGAGGAGAAGGACUGGGCCCACCGCGUCGCCGCGCUGGAGCCCUACGCCGUCACCGCCGUCGUCGCCGGCAGCCGCAACUCCCUCGCCAUCUGCGAAGACGGCCGCCUCUUCACGUGGGGCUGGAACCAGCGCGGCACGCUCGGGCACCCGCCGGAGACCAAGACGGAGAGCUCACCGGGGCUCGUCGACGCCCUCGCCGGCGUCAAGAUCGUCCAGGCGGCGAUUGGCGGGUGGCAUUGCCUCGCGGUGGACGACAAGGGCCGCGCGUACGCCUGGGGGGGAAACGAGUACGGGCAGUGUGGCGAGGAGCCUGAGAGGAAGGAGGAUGGGACGAGGGCGCUCAGGAGGGACAUCCCCAUCCCGCAGCGGUGCGCGCUCAAGCUCACAGUCCGGCAAGUAGCUGCUGGAGGGACACACUCUGUUGUUUUGACACAAGAAGGUCACGUUUGGACAUGGGGGCAACCAUGGCCUCCUGGUGACAUCAAGCAAAUAUCUACACCUGUGCGUGUGCAAGGCCUUGAGAAAGUGAGGGUGAUUGCUGUAGGUGCAUUCCAUAAUUUGGCACUAACAGAGGAUGGAGUUCUGUGGGCAUGGGGUAACAAUGAGUACGGUCAGCUGGGGACUGGAGAUACCCAACCAAGAUCACAGCCGAUUCGUGUUGAAGGGCUAUCUGGACUCUCACUGGUUGACAUUGCUGCUGGAGGUUGGCAUUCAACUGCAUUGACUGAAGAGGGAGAGGUGUAUGCUUGGGGGAGAGGAGAACACGGUAGGCUUGGAUUUGGAGAUGAUAAGAGUAGUCACAUGGUGCCCCUAAAGGUUCAGCUCCUAGCUGGAGAGGAUAUUGUUCAGGUAUCUUGUGGAGGAACCCAUUCAGUUGCGCUGACUCGAGAUGGACGGAUGUUUUCUUACGGGAGGGGUGAUCACGGCCGUCUCGGCUACGGCAGGAAGGUGACGACGGGUCACCCCAUGGAGGUGCCCAUCGACCUGCCGCCGCCGAAGACCAGCACCGGCUCCGACGGCCAGUGGCAGGCCAAGUACGUGGCCUGCGGCGGGCGGCACACCCUGGCCAUCGCGGAAUGGACCGAGGCGCACGACUGAUCAGAUCACAUUUCGGCUGGGAGCUGCGCUUCCUGAACUAUGUGCAAUUCCGGAACUGGUACAACCAGUAGCGUUCAUAGAAUAAGCACAAGGCCUGCAACAUUAGGCUUGGUCACUGCAAUGUAUGAAGUGAAUGAACGACAACGAUGAAUAAGAAUCGGGAGUGGAACUUUAUGCAGAUAUACAAAGAGAGGCCUGGGGUAUUUUAGCAAUGCUCUGAUCAACAGAUUUGUGCUGCA